AUGGCGCCCAAAAAGCAGAUUCAGCUAAACUUCUUCGACAUGGCUUGUAACGGAAGUCAUAUGGGUAUUGGGAUGUGGAAAGAUCCAAAGGAUAGUUCAAGGGAGAAGGACAGACUCGAGUACUAUACUUGGCUUGCGAAGCUGGCUGAGAAGGGAAAGAUUUUCUGCAUUUUCUUCGCAGACGCUUACGCCGGGGCGGGUAACUUUGAGGGACACGAAGCCGCGUUCUUUCGUGGAGGCUCAAUGGUUGGUCAGAUGGAUCCUACGAUUUUUAUUUCCGCGAUGGCGGCAGUGUCAAAUUCUGUUGGGUUUGGAAUUACUGGUAGCACUUCAUAUCUGACCCCGUUUAUAAUGGGAAGAACGUGGUCAACACUAGAUCAUGUCACUCAAGGUCGCAUUGGGUGGAAUAUCGUCACAAGCUAUACAGACUCAGCAGCUCAAGCUUGUGGCAAGUCGUCAAUUACACCCCAUAAUCAGAGAUACGAAGAGGCGUCGGAAUUCAUGGAUCUUGUUUACACUCUCUGGCAAGGCUCGUGGGAAGAUGAUGCCAAGAUCUGGUCUGUAGAGAAAGGAGCCUACGAUCCGGAGAAGAUCCAUAAAAUCACAUUCAAUGGCAAAUACCACAAGACCUUUGCUCAUGCUGCGACGCAUCCAUCACCGCAGCGAGUGCCGUUAUUGUUUCAGGCGGGACAAUCGUCGAGUGGAAAAGCGUUUGCCGGCAAGCACGCAGAAGCAGUCUUUUGCGGUGGAGCUGUACCGUCGGACACUGCACCAUACGUGAAGAGUAUACGCGAGAUUGCUGCAUCAAACGGCCGCAACCCCGACGAUAUCAAAGUCUUUCCCCAAAUGACGCCAAUUCUAGGACGAACCCUUGAAGAAGCUCAGGCGAAAAAGGAGCACUGGAGAUCACUUGCUGAUUGGCGAGGCGGCAUGGCCAAACUCAGCAGCUUUAUUAAUAUCGACCUAUUCACCUAUCCAUUGGACGAACCGUUUAAGUUCUCGGGCGCAAAGAGCGAUAACGCUAUCCAUGCGAUUAUCAAUACACUGCAGAGAUAUGACAAUGAUCCUAUUCCGAUGACUCCGCGGCGUCUGGGUGCCACAAUGGCAUUUUGCGGUUUUGCUGCUAUGCCCGUUGGAACGCCUGAGAUGGUUGCGGAUGUAAUGGAGGACUGGGUUAAUAACGCUGAUAUUGAUGGGUUUAAUGUCACUUACGUUUCAAACCCCCAAUCUUUCGAAGAUGUCGUCGAACUCCUUGUCCCAGUCCUCCAAGAACGAGGUCUUAUGUGGGAAGAUUAUACCGUUCCUGGUGGUACGCUACGUGAGAACAUGUAUGGUGUUCCGGGCCAGAAAACUCCGUUGGAUACGCAUCCGUCGAGCAGGUUUAGGUAUGGCGAGUUAUUGGAGACCAAUGGGGAUGGGAAGGGCGGGAUCGUUAUUGACCGUAUCAACGAGAAGGUGGAGGCGGAGGUGGUGGAUGAGAAGAUUGUCAGGUUGGAGACGAAGGUUGUUGAAUUGAACGUCUAG